UGACGUUACCCAUAUUCUUUAUGGCUUUUUGACAGUACCUGUAAAAAAUGGCUCGUCGGAGUGUCUUAAGUUUUCUAUGCUUAUUAUAUUUCGCAAACAAUUGUAUGGAUUAUAGUUUGUGUACGUUUUAUAAUAAUUAUUAUGAAGAAUAUGGAUUGGAGUCGGAGAAGUUGUGUCAUAUACUUGGUAAAGUGUCAACUAUAGACAUUAAAGUCGGUGCGGCGAUUGUACGGCCGAAGUACAUGCUGGACCGAUGGAAUGUUCGUGCUAAUGUUCAUUGCAAAUUUAAAUUUAUUACGGCCAAAGGUUAUGGAUUAUUUGGAGUCAUUCAAAAAAUGUCUUUCAGAAAAAACGGAACACAGUGUCUGGAUUAUGUACAAUUUAAAAGAAAAGAUUUUCAUAAGACCGAGAAGUUUUGUGGUUUAGUUGAUCGCAGUAAUAUGAAGUAUGCAAUUCAUGAGUCAGAAGAUCGUACUGAAUCACAAUCAUUAUCAGAGAUUUAUGCUGAAUAUGAUCCAAGCAAUCAUAAAUCUAAUGCAGAAUUAGAAACUGAAAUAUUUAUAUCAAAAGAGAAGUUAGAAGAAGGAGAGUUUCUUGCUAUUCGCAUUGCUUAUACAACAUUCGGAAAUUGCAGUAAUGUGGGCUACAAGAGAUACAAACUAAUUGGUCAUGAUACCUGUCUGCUAAAUGAAUACUUUUGCGAUGGCGUUUACAAUUGUAUACCAGGUAUUUGUUCUGAUGAGGAUAAUUGUAAUAAUGAAAUUACUAGCUCUGGUACUGGUACAAAUGUAACAAUAGGUGCAGUGAGUUCCCUGAUUUUAUGCUUUAUCAUAUUCAUUGUGUGUUUAUGGAUAUGUAAAAGGUCACAAAAAUUAUGUUGGUCUAUUGAUUGCGCUGAUUCAAACGUGUGUUCGAGACCAGAACCAUUAUCACGUGAUACAGAGGGAUCUGUAAAUCCAUCAGUUCCCUCAGCACCGAUGUUAGAAGUCGCAGUUCCUUCAUCGGUUGCUGAUAAAGAUUUACCACCUAGUUACGAUUCCCUGUUUCCAGAACAAAGUAAUCCUGCUAGAUCAUAAUUGUAAAUGCAAGUUAUUAUAUGUAAUUAAUUUGUACUGACUUGUUAUCUAAUGUUUUAAUUAGAUAUUAUUGUACACAAUGCAGUCUUCAGAUAUAUGGUAUGAAUGAGUGCCUUUUUGAAUGAAACAGAUAUAAUCACAUACAAGUGAUCGAUAAGAAUACCGAAUUUCUUUUUAGUAUUUUAUACCAACUAUUUUGUCAAUGUUGUAUACACUAGCAUUUAUAAUACUGAAUAUUUUUGUAUUUUAUAUAACUUGUUCUACAAAACUAUAUUGAGAUAUAAGUACAAGAUCCGUAAUGUAUAAAAUAUAAAUAGCCACUAUGUAUGGUCAAUUAUUCAGCAACGAAAAGUACUAUUUUAGAACAAAAACCUGUUCAUAGUUUAUAAGUCGCUUUUAAUGUUGGAAAAAUACAGUAUUUAAUAAAUAUAAUAUUUAUACAA